CAUAUACGUCUCGUCUCUUCAAUUCGCAAUCCUCCUCCUCCUCCUCCUCCUCCUCCUCCGUCUUGCCCACCAUGCAGCUGAACCGCCUCUGCUUCAUUUUGCCGGCGGAGGAGCAUCAUCAUGAUCGUCAAGACCACGCGCCCAAGAAGAAACACCCAUAUCGGAACUGUGGGAUCCAAAUCACUCCCAUCCUCCGGAGAUCACUUCACCGGUUCUUGGGCUUCAAAUGGGUCAGCUCUUGCUUCCCCAAUGCGCCCAAGAAGCAACAGUCCGGCCCCUUCUACGACACUGCCGGCGCCGAGCUAUCAGACAAGGUUGGCGGCGACAACCCCAGGAUUUUCAGCUAUGCCGAGCUCUAUAUAGGAUCCAGGGGAUUUAGCGAAAAUGAAAUUCUUGGGAGCGGAGGGUUUGGCAAGGUUUACAGAGCGGUUUUGCCCAGCGACCGCACCGUGGUGGCCGUGAAAUGCCUGGCGGAGAGGGGCGAGCGGUUCGAGAAGACUUUUGCGGCCGAGCUCGUGGCGGUGGCGCAUCUCCGCCACCGGAACCUUGUCCGGCUCCGGGGGUGGUGUGUUCACGAAGACCAGUUGCUUCUUGUUUACGACUACAUGCCUAACCGCAGCCUUGACCGGAUACUUUUCAGGAGGCUGGAGAAUACGGGGCCGGUGCCAGUUCUAAGUUGGGAUCACCGGCGAAGGAUAAUUCGUGGCCUUGCGGCUGCGCUGUUCUAUCUCCAUGAACAGUUGGAGACUCAGAUCAUACACCGAGAUGUGAAAACGAGCAACGUAAUGCUCGACUCCCACUAUAACGCUAGGCUGGGAGACUUUGGCCUGGCGAGAUGGCUUGAACAUGAGCUUGAGUAUCAGGCCAGCACGCCUUCUUCAACGAAAAACCACCAGUUCCGGUUGGCGGAAACAACCAGAAUUGGAGGCACAAUUGGAUACUUGCCGCCCGAAAGCUUCCAGAAAAGAGUGGUCGCCACUGCAAAGUCCGAUGUUUUCAGCUUCGGGGUCGUGGUGUUGGAGGUUGCUUCGGGAAGAAGGGCGGUGGAUCUGACUUACCCCGAUGAUCUGAUCAUCUUGCUUGAUUGGAUUCGGAGGCUCUCUGACGAGGGAAAGCUUUUACAGGCAGGGGAUUCUCGGCUUCCAGACGGGUCUUUCGCGCUCUCCGACAUGGAAAGUCUGAUUCAUGUCGGCCUCCUAUGCACUCUCCAUGAUCCACAGUUGAGGCCAAACAUGAAAUGGGUCGUGGAUGCAAUUUCUUGCAACAUCUGGGGCAAAUUGCCGGAUCUUCCAUCGUUUAAAGCCCAUCCUCUGUACAUCACACUGUCCUCUCCAUCUAAUACUAGCAGCUCUAGCAUGACAACCACCUCUAAGUCCAGUACCAGCACCAGCACAACACCAGCGGCAUCCAAUUCAUCAAACUUUGUCACCGCCACGGGAGAGACCAUAUAUGCAACGGCUGAAAACGGGAAGAGUGACGCCAGUUCAACCGAAGGCGGAAUCCAAAGACACAGUCUUUUCCCCAUGGUUGAAACUCCAAGAGAAAUAUCCUACAAGGAAAUCAUUUCAGCCACAAACAAUUUCUCUGAUUCUCAAAGGGUGGCAGAAUUGGAUUUCGGAACUGCUUACCAUGGCUUUCUUGAGAACCAGCAACAUGUCCUGGUGAAGAGGCUCGGGAUGAAGACAUGCCCUGCACUGCGGGCACGCUUCUCCAAUGAGCUCCGGAACUUGGGGAGGCUCCGCCAUCGGAACCUGGUACAGCUUCGCGGAUGGUGCACUGAGCAAGGCGAGAUGCUUGUUGUCUACGACUACUCAGCAAAUCGUCUUCUUAGUCACCUUCUUUUCCACUAUGAACAUAAGAAUGUACAUACAGUCCUAUCAUGGCGUCACCGAUACAACAUAAUCAAAUCGCUUGCUUCUGCAAUUCGGUAUCUCCACGAAGAAUGGGAAGAACAAGUCAUUCACAGAAGUAUCACCUCUUCCGCUGUUAUUCUUGAUCCAGAUAUGAAUCCAAGGAUCAGUUCAUUUGCCCUCGCUGAAUUUUUGACUCGUAAUGAGCAUGGGCAUCACGUAGUUGUUGACAAGAACAAAUCUGUUCGUGGAAUUUUUGGGUACAUGUCACCGGAGUAUAUGGAAUCUGGUGAAGCAACGCCAAUGGCUGAUAUCUAUAGCUUUGGAGUGGUGGUGCUAGAGGUGGUUACUGGGCAGAUGGCAGUUGACUUCCGGCGGCCAGAGGUGCUAUUAGUAAAAAGAGUCCGCAAAUUUGAGGCACGAAGUAGGCCACAUGAGGAGUUGGCAGAUCCAAGGUUGAAUGGUGAGUGUGACCCUAAGGAACUGAUGAGACUGAUAAAACUAGGCAUGGCAUGCACACACUCUAACCCAGAAUCAAGACCAAGCAUGAGACAGAUUGUGCACAUACUUGAUGGUCAUGACAAAUGCUUCUUGGGAGGAGGGAAAAAGGAGGAAAGAAGGGAAGAAUGGAGGCAUAGGAAUAUGUCAUCUUUGUCAUUGAUUAGGAGAAUUCAAGCUCUAGGAAUACACUGAAACUCACUAGAACAUAACAGUGGCCGUUGAGAGCAUGUUGUUUGCUUUCUGUUUCCUUCUGUUAGUUUUUUCCCUUCUUUCUGGGAAUCCAGUAGUGUAAUUUAUGGGUGUUUAUAGCAAGAGAGAAACAUGUCUGUAGAUGUAUCCUUUUGAGUACAUAGUGAAUCUUCGAUUAUAUUCAAGUUU